AUGACGGUGACUGUACCUCACUUGCUGUUUGCCCCGCUUGGGACCAUUGCUGCCUCGUCGUGGAAUCCGACGUCUACGGUACGAGUGUGGCUUACCCCAUUUGACAGUGUCAACCUCAUUCGCUCAGAAUCACAAGAAAUGUUUACUGUGGGUAGCAGCAGAUUGGCCUGCGAAGCGGCUCUGUUAGGUGCCAUGUCUGGUUGGAGACUUCUAUUAUUCAACAGAUCCAACUCUAAUCGAGUGAUUGAUCUCGACCCCGAACACCAUCUUGAAGAGGCGGUGAUCACAGACAAGUUCAGUCGUUUUCGUGAGCGGUAUGAGGCACCUCAUUACCCAAUUGUUUUGUGCCAUGGCUUUUCAGGAUUUGAUAAGCUUCAACUCGUCCCAGAUCUUGGCAUCAAGUCAACUGACAACGAACUUAUUCAGCGUGGAUUGUUUGAGGUCGACUACUGGUACGGUAUCAAGGAAGCGCUUUCUAAGUUGGGUGCGACGGUGUUGACAGCAAAGGUUUCAGCUUUUGGUACCAUUGAGGAUCGUGCUAAGGAACUUCAUACCUUCAUUGAGGCCCAAACUGAGGAAUUACGUCAAAAAUCCAAGAGCGAAGUUUAUCAUCCCACAUCGUCUACAACAGGGCAUCAUCAUGAUGGUAAUCAACGAUUUGAGGGUAGAGAGUCACCAGAAAAUACUUCCAAGGCCGAUUUAGUGAAGAUUAAUUUGAUUAGUCAUUCCAUGGGAGGAUUGGAUCUGCGUUAUCUCAUACAUAAACUACAUACUGACAGCUCGAUAAAGCGAAGCUACAAAGUUGCGUCGCUUACCACGAUUUCCACUCCCCAUCACGGUUCAGAGUGCGCUGAUUUCAUUGUUGAUUGGAUUGGCAACAAUAAAGUGCUCAAAAAGUUAUGUCCGCCUCUGGUCUUUGAGAUGACAACCGAGGCUAUGAAAAAAUUCAAUUCAAAAAUCACAGACGAUCCGGAUGUGAAGUAUUUUAGUUAUGGGGCCCGAUUUCAGCCAAAAUGGUACAAUGUGUUCAAUUUGACCUGGAAAAUCAUGGCUCAUCAAAUCAAAUCCAACAAUAAGGACAAGGUGUUGUCUGACCAGUUGAAAAAAUACAUGCUAGAGAACGAUGGUGUUGUCAGUGUUCAGUCAUCUCACUGGGGAACCUAUUUGGGUACCCUUGACGAGGUUGACCAUUUGGACUUGAUUAAUUGGACAAAUCGCACACGAAAUGUGGUGGAUAAAGUAUUAUUUGCUGAAGAGCCCAAGUUCAAUGCAAUUGCACUAUAUCUUGAAGUUGCAGACAGUUUGAGUAAAAGAGGGUUUUAA